AUGGCCGCUUCAGAAACCACUAUUUCCGUUACUUUCCAAGUUGAAUAUCAACCGGAAAAUGGCAAUGAGAAAUUAUUCCUUUGUGGAGACUUACCUGUAAUAGGCGAAUGGCAGCCCACGAAAGCCUUGAGAAUGACCCAAUCAACAAGAAGUCAUUGGCAGGCUAACAUUAACUUACAGCCACGUACGACAGUUAAAUACCGUUACGUAAUAUCCGAAGCCUAUCAAGUACAGGAUGAGGUCCAAUCAGAACCAAAUCAAGUUGCUGAUACUAUCAUAGUUAAAAAAUGGGAAAGUUUUAAUAUUUGCAGGCAUCAAACUAUUCGCUCGAGUUCUUCAACAAUGAAAGUCGACGAUGGUGCAUUUGGCAUGAAAGAUAACGAAAUUGCAAUAAAAAAAGGUUGGCUUACGACAGAAAGUUACGUCAACAUCUAUUUGAAUAACUCUAUAAAAGAAUCAGUCGUAUUCUGGUCUCAGAAAACAUUUAUUGCUCCAGCCAUCAAAGUUACUCCUUAUUACGUACAACAAUAUCCGAAUACCGGAGUGAAUACGAAUGUAUACAUCAAAAUAUUGGAUGAAGGGAAUCACUCUCCUAAGUUACAAGGCAAUCAUGGCACUUUUUGCGACAAUAAAUCGUUUUAUGCCUUCACGUUUGGAACUUUCAACGUGAAAGAGCUAGGUGUUAAGCUAGAAUUUCACGACCUUGACAAAUCCAAUUCCACAACUGCUACAGCAUAUAUAGUACCAUCUCGCCUAUCUGAAUCUACUGGGAGAGUAACUUCUCCAAUAGUGUGUUGUACAUCUGGUAACCUUCUAGGUGAAGUGACAAUUGAGUAUUUGGUCGUUAACCCAAUACCGAAAAUCAAGCUACCAGAAGUUUAUAUUGAUGUUUUUAAAUCUCUGUCAAGGCCUUUACUCAUUGGGCAUCGUGGGAUGGGUGCACAUGAUGCUCAAGACGCUGAAUACAUCGUUGAAGAGAAUACCAUGGAAGCAUUUAAACGAGCCUUCGAGGAAAAAGUCGACAUGGUUGAGUUUGAUAUUCAAAUGGAUGCAGAUGGAGAAAUAGUGAUAUAUCAUGACUUCAACAUUGACCUCCAUGCUCUGAGAGCAAGGGAUAAUAUUAAAUGUCACCGGUGUCCAGUGAAGAAUCUCAGUGUUCAACAGUUGAAAGCCUAUGCGGCUUUAGUGAAGCUUGAUAAAGGAUUAGGGUUUAAUUUAGAGAUUAAAUUUCCUACUGAUGAGAGACAUGAAGAUGUGGCUAUAAAUUAUCAGGAUAUAAAUCGCUUCGUAGAUAAAAUUUUAAAAGUUGUUUACCAUUACGCUGGGGAAAGAAAAAUAUUUUUCUCCUGCUUUAAUCCUGAUGUUUGCAUUGCAUUGUUUAUGAAACAACCUUCAUAUCCAGUAGUUUAUUUAACCUGUGGAAUAUCCGAUAAAGACCUACACGUAAUAGAACUUAUUAAGAAAUUUAACUUAGCAAUAUGUACAUGGGGAAAUGGUAACAACAAAUUAGAUAACAUAAAAUUGCAGCGAAGUUAUGGAAUCGAUGGAAUUAUUUGCGAUCGGUGUGAUAGAGAAUUGCAAGCUUGCGAAAAGUAUUUGGGAAGGAUAGCUGAAGUGUGGAUGCAAUUUUAA